GCACUGCUGACAGACUUGCCGGAAGGCGAGUUGGGCCGGCUGGCCAAAGCCCUGAAAGAUUACAGGAAGCUGAAGGUCUUGCGCCUCAUCAACAUUGAGGUGGGUGAAGCAGAGGCCGAGGAGUUCUGCAAGGCACUUGGGCUGAACGACACCAUCACAAAGCUGGAGAUCAAAGCACUGGCGGAUGCCUUGAAGUGCAACUGUACGGUCGCCCACAUCGACCUCAGUAACAACUGGAUCGGAGCCGAAGGUGCCAAGGCAUUUGCAGAUGCUUUGAAGUCCAACUGUACAGUCACCGACGUCAACCUUUAUGGCAACUGGAUCGGAGUUGAGGGCGGCAAGGCACUCCCAGAUGCCGUGGAGUCCAAUCGCACCGUCACAGUCAAGCUCGGCAGCUUCCAGCUCCUCGGAGGCAAGGGCGCCAAGGACGUCGAAGAAUCGUGGGAGCACUUUGAAGAUGCAACGAAGUCCCAGGCUUGGACGGGGAAAGUGCGCAUCAAGGGCCUCGCGUCUCAGCUGACGACCAACAGCGGCACCACCCAUCUAAAUCUUGGAUUUCAGCACAUCACAGACGAGGACUGCCAGGCGCUGGCAGAUGCCUUGAAGUCCAAUCGAACCGUCAUCCGCAUCGACCUCCAUUACAACUGCAUCGGAGACGAGGGCGCCAAGGCACUGGCAGAUGCCUUGAAGUCCAACUGUACAGUCACCCACGUCAACCUCUGCGACAACCGGAUCGGGGGCGAGGGGGCACUGGCAGAUGCUCUGAAAUCAAACAAGACCGUCACCGACAUCAACCUUUUUCACAACGAGAUCGGAGACGAGGGCGCCAAGGCACUGGCAGACGCCUUGAAGUCCAACUGUAUAGCCACCCACGUCAACCUCGGAUCCAACGACAUCGGAGUUGAGGGUGCCAAGGCACUCGCAGAUGCCCUGAAGUCCAAUCGCACCGUCACCCACGUCGACCUCCCUCACAACAAGAUCGGCAACCAGGGUGCCAAGGCACUGGCAGACGCCUUGAAGUCCAACUGUACAGUCAUCUACGUCAACCUCUGCGACAACCGGAUCGGGGACGAGGGCGCCAAGGCGCUCGCAGAUGCUCUGAAAUCAAACAAGACCGUCACCAAGAUCAACCUCGAUGACAACAAGAUCGGAGACCAGGGCGCCAAGGCAAUGGAAGAUGUGCAGAAGUUCAACCAUGUU